UGCAGCACGCCCUGAAUCACUGGGAGCCAGCUCUGUCUGCAGAUUGUAGGCGUGGCGCCCUGGUUGUCAUGGUAACUGUGCGGACCACCCGUAGUCCCCUAACCGUCUCACUGGCGCGAGUCCCCGGAUGGAGAAAAGGAGAGGAAAUGCCAUUUUAUGAUAAUAUCUAUUACCCAUUUGAGGUAGACCAAGCACAACUAUUUCCCUCCUUGCAAAAUAAUCCCUGUGUGUCACACCCUCUCUCUACACCUUUCCGGAUGCCCUUCGCAAACAAGGAGCCAGUUUUCAAGUUCAGAUCGCGCCAUGAGAGUGUGGACUGGAGACGAAUUGGGGCCAUUGAUGUGGACAAAGUGGCAAAUGAGCUGGAUUUUAUUACACUUCAGGAUAUUAUCAUGAAUGUUACUUUUUGUAAUGUGGAUAAGGAAAAGUGUCCAAACUGUCAACAGAACUUGGAUCCCCUAUUUCUUAAACUACUCCGAUUGGCUCAACUCCUGAUAGAGUACCUGCUUCAUUCACAAGAGUAUCUGACCACUAAUGUACAGACUUUGGAGCAGAAAGUUCAGGUGAUGCUGAGUGAGACCACAGAUAUGAAACUCAAGAUGGUAAAGCAGGCCCAGGAAAUCAAGACUCUCAAAGAUGAGUGCAAGCAUAGGAAGAAGAUCAUUGCCACACAACAGAUGUUAAUCAAUUCAGGGGCAAAUUCCUAUAACAAGUGCCAUUCCUGUGAUAAAGCUUUUUUAAACUACUCCUAUUUACAAAGCCACAUACAGAGGAGACAUGCCGAUGAAACAAGCAAUGAAAAAUCCAAGGUUCACUUGAGAGACAAGCUUCAGUGUGAAAUAACCCAGCUGAAAGAGGAGUUGCAGUUAGCAAAGUGUCAGCUGCAGGCAGAAAAGGCUGUCAGCCUGGAAAAGCUGGCAAAGGUCACGGAAAAUGAACAGAGAGAAGCAAUUGAAGAGGAAAUUCGCAAAAGGUUUGACAGUUGGAAAAAUGAAGAAAAAGAGAAAUUUGCAGAUAAAAUGGAAAAAGUAAAGGAUAUGUUCAUGAGUGAGCUAAAAGAACUGAAUGUAAAGAACAGCUGUUUAGAAAAAGAGUUACAUGAACUUAAAGAAAGCAGGUUCAUCAACUCCGGGUUAGGUGUUCUACAAGGAAGCCAUCGUAAUAAUGAAGAGAUGUCCAACUGCCCACAUGAUAUUGAAACCGUGAAAGAAAUUUUACAGACACAGGAAGACAAAUGGGGAAACAAGAUCCGUCUAAUCCGGCAAGAACACAAUAAAGAAAAGAACCAGCUAUUGUCCCAAAUGGAAAAACUAAGAUUGUCAAUGAGUGAAGAGCAGAAGGCACGCAGUGAUUUUUAUCAGAAACGGUUAGAUGAACUCGAACGAAGGCUUCAAGAGCAAAAUGAAUUCAUGAGGACAUGGAAGGAACAGAUAAAUGAAGUAUCUGUCAAACCAAUAACCUCUGUUGGAAGACAUCCAGUGACGGAAUCUUCUGCUAUGUCACAGCAGUUGGCUACAAAAUCUAGCUCAUCACUAACAUGGGAGAUCGAUGUUGAAAAACCACCAAACAUCCGACACCAAAAAGUAAUAAAUACUCUGAAAAAGAACCAACCUCACUCCAGAGAGCUGAGAACCAUUCUGGAGCAGACACUUGCUGAAAAGUUAGAAUCUCUGGGAGUUAAACCGGGAGCACGUGGAAUUCCACAUGAACAGCUAAAUAAAAUUGUAAGUCAAGUGGAAUCUGUUAGAGAAGGGAACACAAAGCGAGUACCAGAAAUGGAUCAUAUUCGGGUAAACCUUGCACGUUGUGUAAAUUCGUUGGUUGAAGAACGCACAACAUCUAUGAAAUCUACUUCACAAGUCUUAGGUGAUUUUAAAACCUCAGCGUCAGGAAGUACUUCCUCUGUUUUGUUGCCAAAGCAAUCAAAGUCCAAAUUCUCAACAAAUAAACCUUCUCAAGAAGAUUUCCAAACAGAAUCAAAAAACCUGACACCUGAACCACAGUAUACCCUGCCCUUGAAAAGCUCUACCCCUAAAGUUAUGCUGGUUUCUGCAAAAGACUCCCAUGUUCCAAAGCAGUCAAGCAUUGGAACACCUCCAUUUAGCUCCGAUGAUGAGUCUGAUGACAGUAAGUCUGCCAAGCAACCACUCAAAUUUACAAAUACCUUUAAACCAAACAGUUUAUUCGACUGGAAAGGUAACCAAGGCUUUGCAGUAAAUGAUAGUGACUCAGAAGGAAGUUUACUUGAAGCUGUUGAACCUCAGAGUGUCCAUAGGAAUAGCAUUCAGAAGCAACCACCAGUGAAGCCAACCAGAGCAACCAUGGUAAAGGAUCGUACUGAACAAAUCGAAAAGCAACUUUCAACCUACUCAACUAAACACAAACCAGUUAAUGGUAUUGAUGUAAUCCAACCAUUUGUGAAAAAGGAUGCUGUUAUGGAACUAAAGGCUGGUGACCUUGAUGACAGUGAUUUUGAUAGCACCUCCUUGGAAGAAGAAGCAUUUGAAGUGCCGAGGUCUGUAAAAAAACGCCAAGAUACUGCAAUAAAAAAGAAGGGAUUUCCACCUGUCCCUGUUAAAACUGCAUUUGGCCCUACAAAACUGCCUAAAGGAGUUGGGAUUCCAGAAGGAGGAGUGAGGAAAGAGAAGGAUGCUCGUGAAGGUGAUACGUCCAGUACACUUCUUAGCACCUUAGUUACAGUGAGCGACUUCAGUGACUGUUCUGAUGUAUAAGCACAUGGAAGGUUCCUCUGAAAUGAAUCUCCUGUCACAAUUCAUUAUGCUGCCAUACGGUGCCUUGGAGAUUUAGGCUAUUAAAUUGACUUUCUUAAUUAUUUCAAUGUGUUUUUAAACAUAUUUAUUUUGGAUAGUAGCACCAGUCUUUACACACAAUAAACUAAAAUGCAGAUUGUGCUUCCAGUGAUUAAGGCAGUCUUAAAUUCUGUAUAUAUUUAGUAACGUAAAUGUAUUUAUUUAAAAAAAAGAAACUUGUAGAAUACUGCCUAAAGUUUGUAUUAUGGUAAUAGUGUAUGAUACCUUAUAAAGGUAGUAUUAUGUAUUAUUCAAUAUAUGGAGUCUGAAUAAAUAUCAGUGUUAGAGAUUUGAUUUAGCAGACUAUGCAAAUUGAGCAUAUCUUAUGUUAAAUACAAUGUCCAGUAAAUAAAUUCAGUGCAAGCUGAUAAAUUAUGUUUAUUUACUCUGUUUUGGGGAUUUAGAGAAAUAGAUAUUACAUUUUCUGUAAUCUAGGAGAUAUUUUUUUUUUUCUUUUUUUUUUAUAACUGUAUAAUAUAUCACUGGGAACAAAAACCUGCUGAUAUGAAUACCUAUACACGUUCUAGUUACAAUCUUUUGUAGUUC